CAUGUUGAUAAUAAUACUGUUAAUAAUAAACUUACAAUAUAAACUUGCAGCUGCAGGAUCUCCGACCGAGAAUACAAAUUCAGAUCCCAUGUACGGUCAGACAACUGUUUGGAAUAUAAGAGUAUUCAAUGAUUUCAACACAAUUUGUAAUCAAACUCUUAGAUGGUCAGUAAGAACGAUGAAUAUAGAGCUAAGUUCAUUAAUAGAAUUUCAAUUAACGUGGAGGUCUCACAAAAGGGAAAUUAGAUUUUACGACAUUUUUUACUCCAGAUGUGGCCCUAAGAGACCAGCUUCCAAUUUAAGAGUUAUUGAGGAAGCGAAUAUUAAAUUAGAAGAUUCUAAUUCAGAUCCUGCAGGCUUAAGAGUAGGAAAUACUAUUAAAUCACCUGUUGUUUACGUUAUAAUAGACGACCACGAAGAGUUAAAUUUGUUAAAUAAAUUUAGGAGAAUACGAUUUACUGGAACAGAAUUAAUAGACUUUCGUGUUGAAGAUAACGCAGAAGCAGAAUCGAAAAUGGCUGAAUUUUUAAUUAAACAGUUAAACGUGGAAUGGCGUCAUAUUCUAUUUCAGAGAUGUCGUCAUGCUUUUCUCAUAGACGUCUAUGAGGCGUUGAAAAGGCGACUGGGAAAUCGUUUAAAAUUUGUUUUUCACUUUAUAUGUAGUCCAGGAAUGAGUCUUAUCUACGAACAGGAUUUCGAAGAAAUGAAAAUUUUCGCUUCCUGUUGCAAGGCUAAUAGAGAGAAUUUUCAAACUUCCAGUUUGUGUGUUAUACCAAGAAUGUAUGUUGCUAGUAAAUAUCAAACAUUACCCGGUUUUAACUAUAACAAAAUUGAAUGCUCUCUAAACCCUUUUGUUCCUGGGCCAGAUUAUAUUUAG